AUGCAACACUUUGCUAGCCAGUGCAAUUUGUGGACCCUGCUGUGCUGUCUGCUAUUCCAGUUUCUCUACACAUUGCUCAGUUUUCCUGCAACGACGACAAAGAUGCAACCGCAGCCGCAGUCAAGGGCACUCGAGACCAAAGAGCAGUUGCGUCGCCCACGCGACCACGGCCAGGCAAAGACGACGGCCUAUGAGAAAGUGGAGCUGCUGCAUCGUCUGCUCGUCCAACAGCAGCUGCAGCAGCUGGAGCAGCGGCGUCUGCUGAGGCUAGCGCUGGCGCGACGGCGACUCGAGUACGAGUUGAGCAAUUAG